CGCGGUCUCGCGCCUGUGGCAGUAACAGCAGAAGCAGCAGCGGCGGCGGCGGCGUUGGUCGCGUUCACACCGCGGUACAGAAUCAUGGCUGGACCUCGCCCCGUGGUACUGAGCGGACCCUCAGGCUGUGGGAAGAGCACCCUCAUCAAGAAGCUCAUGUCCGAGUUUGAGGGCGUGUUUGGCCUCAGUGUGUCACACACUACAAGGAAGCCAAGGCCUGGAGAAGUAACUGGGAAAGAUUACCACUUUGUGACCCGUGAAGAGAUGCUACGUCUCAUUGCCGCGGGGGAGUUCAUCGAGCACGCUGAGUACUCGGGAAACCUCUACGGCACCAGUAAAUCUGCAGUGAGGGCAGUACUGGACAAGAACCAGAUUUGCAUCCUGGACAUAGACAUGCAAGGAGUGCACAGCAUGAAGAAGACUGACCUCAAUCCCCUCUACAUCUCCAUCCAGCCACCAUCCAUCACCAUCCUGGAGGAGCGACUGCGUCUCCGGAAGACUGAGAAUGACGACAGCCUCAAGAGAAGGCUGAAGGCGGCCAAGAAAGAGAUCGAAUUCAGUAAGGAGCCAGGAGCCUUUGAUGCAAUCGUAGUGAAUGAUGAACUACAAGAGGCUUAUGCACAACUUAAGGAACUUGUCAAAAAGGAGAUCGCAAAGGUGCAGAAUGCCCAUGACUAGAGGCGCACAGGGCGUGAAGAGGAUGAGUGCACUUGCUGGGUCGGCGUGAAGCCUUAGGGAAAGUAACGUACUUACGUUACUGCAUUGGCUUCAUGGCUGCCAUCGUGUGCCCCCUCUCGCUUGUUACAGUCAUAUCAUGUAGUCUUCAAUGUUUUAUUGAGAGCCUUUGAAUCUGUAUAUAGGAGAAGCUGAAUAUAUUAGACCAUUAUUUAGGAGCAAUGCCAGCUGUGCUCAUAUUCGAAGUCGUGCUUGUAUCAGAAGUCACCCUUUGCCUCCCAUCACCAGUUGAAUGUAAGCAUGUGUUUCUUUUAAGGUGUGAUUUAUAUCCAGCUUCUACUGUAUUUCAAUUAGGGCCCAUUUCUCUGCAUGUAAUAAUCUCCCUUGCAUUCCUGCACUUGGUAUAGCUAUUUAGUUGUUUUGCACACCACGUAAAAAAGUAAAAGGUUUACAUUUUGAAGUAUAAAAGAAUAAGCUGUUAUAAGUUAGAUGACAGCUGGGUUAUUUCAAUUAGCUUGAAUAAUCUCAUGGGUAGGUGCUAUAGUUAAACCUGCUGCUGUUACGAUUUAUUUUCCUGCAUUGGUGAAAUUGAACCUCAUCGUUUGUUUAAAAAAUCCAUAUCAAAAGCACAGCGAUUUCAAGAUCACAUUUUCCCACGGCUAACAGUUCUGAUAGGUGUAGAGUACUUCUCAUAUUCCCACUGCUUGCACAUCGCUAUGUUUUACAGCCAGCCGAAGCAGUUUGAUAAAACAUUUUAGUCGAUGCAGUGACAAACAUCCAGCAGUUGAACCAGUGGGGUUAUGGAUGUCGUGCGCUUAUUUUCUUUGUGUUAGUUUCGUAAUUUUUCACAAUUUUAUGCCAAUUCUCUCCGCAUCGCAUCACGAUACAAAGUGUCCACUAUCCAAAUCGCAUCACGAAGUGAAGUGUCUCAGCAUCGUCGUGCUCUGAUUGAAAGUGCAGUGUAUCAUGAACUGCACUGAUCCACGGAAUAUAAUGUUACCUCUACUUGUCGAAGUUUAGAUAUAUACAGCACACACACACACACACACAUUACAGGUACCCCUCUAUUUACGAAAGGGAUGCGCUCAAGAAACACGCGCAAAACGAAAUUCCGUAAAUCGGAAUGGCUUUUCCCAUUCAAUACUAAAACUUUGGGAUGUGUUUCCGACAGUCAUUCCAACUUACUCAUAACCUAAACAUAUACACAUAUCACUUUUCACAAUACAACAAUGGUAACAUACAUAUUAAAACGAUUAAUACAUUUUAAGCAAAAAUAAUUAACCUUUUCAGGGAACUCUCUAAAAGAAUGAAUGACUAAAAAGGUGAUGUGGCAGCAUUGCUGUUGCACUGUAGGUAUCACGUGACGCUGCCGUGGAUGGAUGACGCAGCUCCCGGGUGGUUUUUGUUUGAUCUCAGUGGCGCGUGCCGAAUGAAUUUUUAUUAAUUUCAUGGAAACUCGAUUUCGUGAAUCAAAAAGUGACACAAUUUCGUAAAUCCAACGUUUGUAAAUCGAGGGAUACCUGUAGCACAAGGGAUGUAUUGUCAGAAUGGGAACAUGGGAAUAGGAAUGCUCAACGUAGAAUCCUUCAGUUUUUCUCUCCGAGUUGGACUCGCCGCGUGUUACAUAAUCACGUGUGCGCGUGUAAGUGUUAUACGUUAAAGGCUGGAUCGUAAUGUAUCCGAGUGCAUAGCCUUACAUUCCUUAGCUUGAUUGAUCUGUAUUUUGCUUGUUUGCUCCCCGUGCAUCCAUGCUGAUUGCAUUGUCACAAAGGGAACAGUGGGCCAGCAGUAAGUCUUCAACUGCCAUUGCAAUUGUGAUGCAGAUGAGGCUAAAUGAUCAUCUACAUGUUGAUUUUUCACUUUUUAAUGUUUUUUUUAAAGUACAAAUUGGAUGGCAUAUUUUUUUUGUAUUAACCUUUGUGGGUAAUACAAGAGCAUUUUUUCUGGGUUGUUUUUAAGUUGGUACUGUUUCUGGAUUUAUUUUGUAAUACAGAUGCCCGUUAAUGUGCCUUUGUCUCACUGGUUACUUAUGCACAGAAACUUUGUUUUUGAGUCUGUACAACAUAUCUGUAUCAACAAUGGGAAAGGCAUUUUAAGUAACAUAAAAAAUCCCUUGUUUUUCUAACUCGUGAGUCUUGAACUUUUCUUCUCAGAAGUGACCUGUGCAUGGAUAUUAGAUGUAUAUCUUUAUAUGCUGCACAGACAGCGUUGCAACUUGGUGACUGGAAUUAAAGUGGCAUUUAAUUUAUGGCGAGCUUAAAUAAUUAGUCGUUCAUACGUGCAUUUUUCUUGACCGUAUCUUGUCAAUGCUCUGCAAGAUGAAGCCAUCUCCAUGCUGGAGGAUUGUUUGACCAUACUUUACCAUUAUUAUCAGUACUGCUUACAGGUUGGAGAAGGUGGAGGGGCACCCAGGACUGGUUCAGAUAUCACCACUCAAGCCAUGGCCAAUAAAACACAGGUCGCUGGGUUCAUAAGGCAGUGCAGUGCACUAUUCACUGCACUCCACUCCGUUUAUACAUGUUCUCAAUCUAGUAUGCAGCAGCUACAGGUAAUAUUUAACAUGUGCAACCGUGCACUGAUAGGAUUUAAUCAUCACUCAGACAAAACAAAUGAUGAGUGAGUCUGCCUCUUUCGUAAGCUGCUCUCGAACAAAGACUUUUGAGGGGAAUGGUAAAUGAAAGGCCAAUUUGGCAGCAGCAAAUAGCAACCAGCUUUUCAGGCAACCUCAAUUGUUCAUGGAGCCCGCCCCCUCUCAAUAGACUUUGAAGCAGCUGUGAAAGAAAAGGUCAUGAUGCACGAGAUAAAU